AUCAACAUCAUAACCACCCGUUCUCGCAUUUUGUUUGAUGAUAACCAUCCAAAGAUCGCCGCUUAUCAGUCGUAAACAGCGGCGUGAGUCAUCCACGCGCAUUUUCCACUGUUUACCGUCGUAGAUUUGUGCAAAUCGCGUGUGUAUUGACUUAAACUUAAGUGAAGUUAGUGUCUUUUCUAGUGUAGUGUUGUACAAUGGCGGCUGUGGUGAUUUCGUCCGUGUUUCGGGCGUAAAUAACGCAAAUAUUUCGUGUUUAGACUGGUUGAUAGUAUAGGGGAAUGAUGCGUUGAGGGGUGAUUGUGUGAUGUCGCAAUGUUUCGCUUUCUGAGCGGCCGCAAGCCGAGGAACGGCGACCACCACGUCAACAGCCGUCAGCAGCUGAAAGGGGGCGGCAAGGCGUCGAACAAGAACUUGAUACUAUGUCGGGUUAUCCUUUUGGAUGGGACUGAUUUAUCUGUUGAGUUAUCUAAAAAAGCCGAGGCACGCGAUUUAUACGAACAGGUCUUCUAUUCGCUGGAUUUAAUCGAGAAGGAUUACUUUGGGCUGCAGUUUACUGAUGCUAAUCAUGUUAAACACUGGCUGGAUCCUACAAAAUCAAUUAAAAAACAAAUUAAAAUUGGUCCUCCUUAUACUCUAAGACUUAAAGUGAAGUUCUACUCUUCCGAGCCGAAUAAUCUCCGGGAAGAACUCACAAGGUAUCAGUUUUUCCUCCAAUUGAAGCAGGAUAUCCUCGAUGGAAGGCUGGAAUGUCCACAUCAGACCGCAGUGGAGUUAUCUGCGCUUGCCCUGCAAUCCGAAUUGGGUGAUUUUGAUGAAUCUCAACACACGGCAGCUACAGUUUCCGAAUUCCACUUUGUUCCUAAUCAAACCGAAGAGCUGGAGAUCGAAGUCCUCGACGAGUUUAAAAAAUGCCGCGGUUUGACGCCUGCACAGGCUGAGAUCGCUUAUUUAAACAAAGUGAAAUGGCUGGAGAUGUACGGCGUGGAUAUGCACAUUGUCCUCGGCAAAGACGGCAUGGAAUACCGCCUUGGGCUCACACCAACUGGAAUAUUAGUCUUUGAAAACAAUCAGAAAAUCGGGCUGUUUUUCUGGCCCAAAAUCGGCAAAUUAAACUUUAAAAAGAAAAAAUUAACAUUAGUAGUAGUCGAAGAUGAUGAUGCGGGACGCGAACAGGAGCAUACGUUUGUGUUUCGUUUACACAACGAAAAAGCAUGCAAACAUCUGUGGAAAUGCGCGAUUGAACAUCAUGGAUUCUUCAGGCUGCAAGCGCCUGUAAAGGGACCGAAUGCCCGACAGAAUUUCUUCCGCAUGGGAUCGAGGUUUAGAUACUCAGGGAGGACUGAGUAUCAAAGCACGCAUCAGAAUAGAGCUAGGCGGACUGUGCAGUUGGAAAGACGACCGAGUCAGCGGUAUGGAAAGAGGCAAAGUCAUGUUUUAAGGGAAAAGUUACGCGAACGUGAUUUACCACCUGAACCUACAACAAGUAUAAAUAUAAACACAGCAGCAGCAGGGUCAAGUAGUAAUGCUGAUACACAAUCACAAUCUGAACCGCUUUAUUGUAAAGUAAACGAUGAUUGUACGAAAAGUUUAACCCCCAGUGGAUCAACCCGACAGAAUUCCAUUAAAUCUAGCAGUGGUGGUGGUGCGGGUGGUUCGAAUUUAGGCAGCCCACCGAUCAGCCCUACGCCAUCAAAUGCUGAUUCACAGCUGGAUGUAUUGCUCAAGAGUCUUGCGAAAGAGACGCUGAGUGGAAUACAACGAGAUGAGGCUAGGAAUGUGCAAAAUGAUGCAGGUGAUUUAGACUCGAUAAAAAGUCUUCCUUCGGAAAUACCUAACAAUAUUAAUAAAUUCGCAUCAACAGCAGCUAAACCUAAACCAUUAUCACCCAGUCAACUGAAAUGCAACAUUUUGAAAGCUAAAGCUGAUGAGGAAUCAGCUAUUGGUACUAAAUUGACCAAUCAAAUGUUUGUUGCUGCUGCCACACAUGAAGAUAUCACUUCAAUGAAUGCUGCAGCUACUUUUAUAUCAGUUGGCGGUGAUAAAUUAACACUUGCUGUAAGCGGCGCAUCUACACCGCCAUCUAACGCGAGUUUACCCACUACACAACCUGCCAGGAGUGCUACUCCUGUGACUGUAACCUAUUUCGGCCAAUCGGACGCUGGGAAACUGGAACGCGUCAUGCUGAAUGGCCCCGAGCAGCAGUUGAGUCUUCCGUCGAGUACCGCAGAUGUAGAGGAUUUGUUAUCAUUUGAGGAUAAUAAUCCUUUCACUGGUUUGGAUGUGAAUCCCUUCGGCAAUCCGUUUAUCACCGAGAAUCCCUUUCAGGAUCCCGUUGAGAAUAAUAAUCAUGAUGAGAAUCAUGCAAAUGAUGAGAAAAAUGACAAUGAAGAUACGCCUGACAUGGCCAAUAAUAACCUAGAUGCAGCCGAUGGACGUGAUGAGGAUGAAGAACAACCGAAUAAUGGUUGUAACGGUGUGACAGGUGUGACUUUGAAUAGUUUGUCGCCGUGGCUGGUGCAGGAUAUCGUCACGCCGAAGAUAAUGCGUAAAUCCGUCAUCACUACGCAGUUAUAGUUGGACGCUGGGCAAUAACUUUCGCUUGUUAUGUGAUAAGCAACCUUUUCGAGCAGUUUUACAAGAGGCGAUCGCGUUUUUUAGGAAUAUGUAUUUAUAUUAGCGACUAUGAUGGCGACGAUGGCGGCUCACGCGCGCGAGAGAUUUUUAUAGAGCAUAUUUUAUUAUACACAGAUAUUUUUUUUUCGCUUGUUUGUUCGUAGCUUGUAGGGAAAUUUAUGAUGCAUUCCAGUAACCACCGACAGCAGCAGGACCGUGCCAUUCGUACUUGUACUUACAUCCGACCAAUUUUUAAAUCAGUAUUUGUGCCUUGACUAUCCGUCCGGACCUUUGAAACGUUUUUCAACAACCUUUUUAGCGAUGCAAAUAUACAAUAAAGUACAA